AUGACCUGUGUUGACAAGGCCCUUCAAGUCCCCGUUGCAGCCAUGGGUUCAGAAACAGCACCAGCAGCAGUCACUCUCCCGUCAACAACGGGGACAGACUGGCAAUACCGCAUCCUCUUCUUCAAGACUAUGGGUAUAUAUCCUCGGAAUGCCGAAACACCUGACUGGGCCAUGAACGAUGGCCUGGCCCUGGAGCUCAAUAAACACCACACCCUAGCGAGCCAGACCAGCUUGAUCGGCCUUAAAGGCAGCCUCGCGCCGGUCACGAUGUUUGCUCAUCUCGAAAAAUACAACGAGAAGCGAUGGUAUCGGAAGUGCCGAGACUGGUAA